CUGUGUCAAAGCUGAAUACUCAUCCAUUGUCAACCAAGAUUUGGACGUUACUUGGAAAUACUUAAAAUUACAGACUACACCAUCACCAUUUCUUGAGUCUACAGAAAUUACAGGUUCCAUUCACAAUGAAAUCAGUGCUUCAGAAGGCUUUCCUGUGGUGUGUGCUGACCACACUUUUUCCAAGCAUCACAAGUGCAAAACCUCUGAACACAGAUGGCUUAAGAAGGCUCGGUGUUUGGCUUCAGGGUAAGAUGUGGAGAGAUGUUCGUAGUGUGUCAGAGAGGAGCGAGGGCAACCCAACAGCUUUGCUCUCUCAGAGGAACAGCGGUACAGAGUCAUAUGUACCACAGCACAGGCUGAGGGUAAAGAGGACAGAACCAGGUUACUCAGUGAAAAGAGUGGAAAGAGCGGGCUGCAUCCUAGCCACCUGCUCAGUGCACGACCUGGCCCACCUGCUGCAUCUGAUGAGCACAAAGAUGAACAGCGUCCCCCCUGAAAAGAUAGGCUCUAAGGGCUACGGUCGCCGGCGGAGACGUUCACUCCUCCAUCCACUAACUUUAGAUGAAGACCGUCUAAAGCUGGCCUGGGUCCAAACCCUUAAAAGCACAGAUGCGCCCCCUGUUGGACGAAUGAAGGAACAAUCCAGGACCCUACCAGCUCCUACUGCCUACCGAAGAUCAAGUGAAGACAGAGAGAAAAGCAAGAAGAGGAAAAGGAACUAAGAGAGCUUAAAUCUAUUUACCCAGGAGGACCAAUGAUUAAGAGCAGAGAAAAAAAAAACUCUUUAUGGAAGUAAUGAGUUUUUCGUCUACAAUGUUUUCUGGACACUGCAGUCUGGCAAAGAAGGAUAUCCUCAUACUUGAAGACUAAUAAAUGUAUACUGUGGGAGACGUGCAAUAAUGUAUAUUAAUAUUGUUUUGUAGUCUAUAUUAAAUUUUAUAUAAAAUUUAUAUUAUGAAAAUAUUGUAUGUUAAAAAUGUAUAUAUUUAUACAGUACUUGUAUACUGUACAUAUAUUCUCGAGAGAUUAAACUAUUGUACACAGAAAAGGGGCAAUUUAUAGUUCAUUUUAAAAUAAGAUGUUUAACCAAAUGAUUUCAUAUUGCUGUAAUGCCAAGCUUUUUCCACAUAAUUGAACUGAAUUGAAUCAUUUAAUAAUGUGACACCAGUUAAAUAAUAACCUAUUAAACUCCAACAAGAGAGAGAGA